AUGGAACAACUGGCUGAUAUAAUGGUCGACUAUGGAACACUACAUAAAAACCCAUUGGGAGAAGAAAUAGCAUGCGAUAAUCCAUCGCUAGAGGGACUGCGCGUCUGGUUAGACGACGUUCCUGGCUGUCUAGCGAAUGAGAGUUACUGCGCCCUCUACGACUUCAAUUAUAUUUGCACUGAACCGAUUACGUAUGAAGGAGAAACAUGCAACAACGGCACACGUGUGUUGUGCGAGGCUAAGCCGCCAGUACCACUAUCCGACCCAACACCAGCGACAACCAUCAAAGUGUUAAGCUAUAAUAUUUUGGAACUGAACUAUAUAUAUUGGCAGUCUGGUCAGCGUGAACGCACUUGUCGAUUACCGUAUCUUAUUUUCGAGAACAUUGGCGAUGUUGACGUCAUUAUUUUUCAGGAACUUAUGAUGGGAGGAUGUUUCCCCGAUGUCUUGGAUUUACGCGAGCUCCUGGCCCAUCACGGAUUUAUAUACAACACACCGACGGUUGGAAUCGAUGCCCAAGAAAAUGAGUUAAUUCGACUAGAGAAUGGCGGUGGCUUCACCUCAUCAAGAUGGCCAAUAGUUGCACACGACGAGGCGGUAUUACUAGCCGUGUAUCGAACGGAUACUGAUCUGUUCUCAUCCAAGGGAAUCGAUUAUGUAAACGUGGAAAAAACCGUCGAUGACGUCACCCGGAAUUAUCACAUCUUUGGCACACACUUACAAUCGCGAGACGGAGGUAUGAGACCGGAGGUGCGGAUCGUUCAGGCAUCGGAAAUGAGAUUCUUCUUACAAAGGCUUGACAUUCCCGCGAAUGAACCAGUGAUAUUCGGCGGCGACUUUAAUGCCGAUUACGUCGAGAUGCCGGAACACGCCGAAGCAGUGCUGCAUGUUAUGGACGUCACGGUGCCUGAAAUAGUUGGCGAUCUUAGAGUGACAUAUGAUCGUGAAAACAACACCUUAAUAUCAGGUGACGGCGGUUCCUGGUUAGACUAUGUGACCUACCACAACCAACAUCUGCAGCCGACUAAAGCAACCCUGGAAUCGAUCCGAAUUACAGAUGAUCCGUUUUGGAUCUGUAAUCGUGCAAGACUGCGUGAUUUCAGUUACGAGUACCCGAAUUCCGAAAAUUGCCGAACCCCAAUGCAGGUGAUCGAUCUGUCGGACCAUUACUGCGUUUUGGGAACAAUGGACUUUCCUUUGGAGCCUACUAUUUCGUCCGCAUCUACAAUGUUCCGGUACUACACUGUUGCACUACAUAAGAAUCCAUCGGGAGAAGAAAUAGCAUGCGACAAUCCAUCGCUAGAGGGACUGCGCGUCUGGUUAGAUGACGUUCCUGACUGUCUAGCGAAUGAGAGUUACUGCGCCCUCUACGACUUCAACUAUAUUUGCACUGAACCGAUUACGUAUGAAGGAGCAAAAUGCAACAACGGCACACGUGUGUUGUGCGAGGCUAAGCCGCCAGUACCACUAUCCGACCCAACACCAGCGACAACCAUCAAAGUGUUAAGCUAUAAUAUUUUGGAACUGAACUAUAUAUAUUGGCAGUCUGGUCAGCGUGAACGCACUUGUCGAUUACCAUAUCUUAUUUUCGAGAACAUUGGCGAUGUUGACGUCAUUAUUUUUCAGGAACUUAUGAUGGGAGGAUGUUUCCCAGAUGUCUUGGACUUACGCGAGCUCCUGGCCCAUCACGGAUUUAUAUACAACACUCCGACGGUUGGGAUCGAUACCCAAGAACAUGAGUUAAUUCGACUAGAGAAUGGUGGUGGCUUCACCUCAUCAAGAUGGCCAAUAGUCGCACACGACGAGGCGAUAUUAUUAGCCGUGCAUCGAACGGAUACUGAUCUGUUCUCAUCCAAGGGAAUCGAUUAUGUAAACGUGGAAAAAACCGUCGAUGACAUCACCCGGAAUUACCACAUCUUUGGCACUCACUUGCAAUCGCGAGACGGAGGUAUGAGACCGGAGGUGCGGAUCAUUCAGGCAGCGGAAAUGAGAUUCUUCCUACAAAAGCUUAUGAUUCCCGCGAACGAGCCAGUGAUAUUCGCCGGUGACUUUAAUGCCGAUUACGUCGAGAUGCCGGAACACGCCGAAGCAGUGCUGCAUGUUAUGGACGUAACGGUGCCUGAAAUAGUUGGCGAUCUUAGAGUGACAUAUGAUCGUGAAAACAACACUUUAAUAUCAGGUGGCGGCGGUUCCUGGUUAGACUAUGUGACCUACCACAACCAACAUCUGCAGCCGAAUAAAGCAACCCUGGAAUCAAUCCGAAUAACAGAUGAUCCGUUUUGGAUCUGCAGCUUUCCUGACCUCUGCAGCGACAAGUGCGUAGCACCAAACAACGCGCAUAACAGACCAGAUAGAUUGAGCAAGCAUUCUGAGUACGACUGUUAUUGUUCCUGUGGAAUCGUCAUCGGUGACGAAUGCGAAGAUGACGACGAGUGCGCAAUGGGCACGUACUGUGGGUCGGCAGAGGAUGGUAAUGUCCAAGCAGGAGUCUGUAGGACUCUGUGUGACCACCCUAACAUGCACUGCAACUCAUUUUCUCGAUGUGAGAUGGAGAACCAUCAACCAAAAUGUGUGUGUGAUUUAUUCGUAUGCAGUGACACAAUAAACCAACCAGUGUGUGGAGAAGGUAACAGAGAUUUUAUGAACAGGUGUUUGUUUGAGAACUAUAACUGCGAAAGGAUGCAGAGCGAGGAAGGUAUAGAAUCACUGACCUUGUUAGGUCAUGGCACAUGUGCCGAAGUACAAAGCAAUGGUGGUUCAUAUGUGCGAUUAUAACUACCCAAAAAGACAAAUACAUCACCGUUCAAUAACGUAAUAUAAGAGUUUCUUGGUACCUACAUAAACAACCCCA